UGUGGCUGGAACGCCAGCCGCGAUCGGUCUAUCCCUCUCUUUCUCUUGCCCUCUCGUGUCUGUGCCGCCCCAAGCACUCUCCUCAAACUCUCACUCUCACUGUGCCUCCCCACCCACGCUAUGUGCUUUUGUUGUGAAUGAGACCCGUUUACUACAACCGUUACUUUCGCCCACCCGUCUUGCUCCCGCUACCACUGCCGUUUUGUUGACGUUUGUCUUUGUCUGUCAUGUAUCGGCAUAAUGCGGAGAGCUCGUUCUGUUUCAUCAAUCGCCUCAACGGGAAUGCCAACAACGAUGAACUGCAGCAGCCGGGCGAGCAUGAGCCCACCUCCGCCCUCCUGGACUACUGCAAAAGAAAGUUCCUCCGUCCGUAUGUGGCCAUCCUGACGCUGGUGGGGCUUAAUCCCAUAUCAACGGAUAUGAGCAAUGUCCGAGCCUGCUGCAGCUAUGUCCAGGCGCUAAUGGUGCUAUUUGUGCUGUUGCUCGGCUAUGUUUUGCGGUACAUUUGCGGCUACAGAGGCGAUCGUGGUUUCAACAGCUACCGGGAUAUCAGACCUAUCACAAAUGGAACCGAUAACGGAGCAAUCACUCCAAACACCAUUGGAGAACUCCUAUUUGGCUACAUCGUGCCCAGUGCUUUUAAUCUAAUGGGAUUCAUAUCAGCAGUCUUAGUAUGCAAGGUUAUUGACCACGAGCAGCUCCAGAACCUCAUCGAACGGGUUUUCCUGAUGUCUGCUAAGCCGAAGAGACUCUGCCGGAUGUUGUGGUUCUUCUUGAGCGUAGCACUGGCCCUGCUGAUUUUGCUCUUCGUAUACGCCUGCUGUGUGGUGGUGAUGCAGCCUGCCCAGAUCGUGAAGGUGUCCUGGCUGGCCGAGGUUUUAACCGACUGGGAGACAGCUCUGCGAGUUGGUCUUCUAAUCACCAUACUGCUGCAAGAUCUUGUGGAAAUAAUUAUACUGAGCAACUACUACAUCGAGUGCUACUUGCUGAGAAUGCAUCUGGAGACGCUGUCACAUAAGCUGCUGAUGCAUUCUAUCGACUCGCUGGACUGGAUGAGGGAAGUCCUGGAGUUCCGCAAGCUACUGGAGCGUCUAAAUCAGCAUGUAUCCAUCCCUGUGUGCUUCCUGAUUGUGAUGAAUUUGGCAUACGCCUUUGCGGGACUUGUGUAUCUCUUCAAGGACUUUGAUUUCCAUUUUUGUGCCUUGAAGCUUGUCCUGCUGAACAUUGCCAAUGUGGUGCUGUGGCUGUUUUUGGGAUUGCUGCCCUUUUUUGUUGCAUCCUCGGUGACGCGAGUGUGUCAGAAUGCCCAGGCGAACGGCCAUCAGAUACGGGUUCGUCCGUUUGUUUACCAUAAUACCUCAGCGGAGGAUCUCAACUCGACGUUGCUUUUUGCCGCCUCGCUGGACAUGUCCGCCAAACUCUUCAGGAUGCCCAUCCAGCCGAAUUACUUAUGCUUUGCCAUCCUCGUGGUGGUCAUCGUUAUCCUCACGUUGGGCAUGUGCCUGAAUCUCACCGCCCUGGGCAAAAUGUAACCAUGUACGCCAAUAUAAUAAUAAACUAUUAUAGUAUUUGUCUAGCUUA